GGGGCGGCGGGCGGCGGGGCCGGGGGCGGAGGCGACUCCGAGGGCGAAGUGACCAGCGCGCUGAGCGCCGCCUUCAGCGGCCCCAAGAUCGCCUUCUACGUGGGCCUCAAGAGCCCGCACGAAGGCUACGAGGUGCUCAAGUUCGACGACGUGGUCACCAAUCUCGGCAACCACUACGACCCCGCCACGGGCAAGUUCAGCUGCCAGGUCCGCGGCAUCUACUUCUUCACCUACCACAUCCUCAUGCGUGGCGGCGAUGGCACCAGCAUGUGGGCGGAUCUUUGCAAGAACGGGCAGGUCAGUGACCCCCGCCCGGCCGGUCCCCGGGCACCCUCGCUCGCGCCCCGCACACCGCGGGGUCGGGCCCCUUCCUCCCCACCCGCGGGCGACCCAGCGAGGCCGGGAGGGAGCGCGCCGGACGCGCUGACCGCAGCGCAGCGCUGGAGUUUGGCGCCCGCGCCCAGAGACCCUCCAGACCCAAGCUGCACUCCCUGGCUACUUGCGUCCCUGCCCGCGACCCGCGGCCUGCCAGGAGCCUGUUUUCUCCAGCUCCUCCGCCCCGAGUCGCCCCGUAAGGCGCACGGGGGCAACAACAACAAGUACAGCACGUUCUCGGGCUUCCUCCUGUACCCGGAUUAGGGGCGCGGGGGGGCGAGGUGGGGGAGGGGCUCCGGGCCGCCCGGUCCCCGCGGGGGCGCGCGGCUCCCCGGCCCGGACCGCUCUCGAUUCACGACGCUUCCUGACAUCUCGGCUGGAAGAGACACCGCCCCGCUGUACCCCCUGCCCCGCUCCCGGCCUCCGCGUGUCCGCGACUCGCCACGCUCCGGGCCGCGCCCCCGCCCCCUGUCCCCAGCCCGGCGAGGGAGAGGGGGACGCCCGAGCCCUGGCGGCGCCCAGGCAGACUUUGCAGACCUGAUUGGACCGGACAAGCCGGGCGGGGAGCCUGCCCCCUUCAGACCUCCCUCCUCCUCCUCCUCCUCCCAGUGCUCCAGGCGGAGGGCUCCGGGCCCUGGCCGGGGAGGUAGCCAAAGGGAGCACGGGCUCCCUGGGGCGUCCUUCUUCGUGACCCGAAAUACUUGUGCGGAUUCCCCUGAUCAUCAGCCAAAAACCCAGCCACAGCAGAAUUCCAGCAGACGGAAAAGUCACCUCUCGACACCGCGCUCCCUCCCGACUCAGACCCACGCGAUGCAUUAAAUUAUGUUUUUAGACCAUGGG